AUGUCCACAGUCAGUGACAAGCUUGACCCAUACACCGCCGAAGCCCAAAACAAUGAUAUUACUCCCCAACAGAAGAUUCUAGAUCUUCACACAAUACUCAAGUCUGUGUCUUCUGCGAUGCUCACUUCAAGGGCAGCAGAUGGGCAGAUGCAUUCACGCGCGAUGACUCCGUGCACACCUCAAUCAGACUCACAGUUGACUCUGGUUUUCAUCGCCAAUAAUGCGUCUCAUAAAUUCGACGAACUGCAGAACGAUGUCAAUGUCAAUGUUAGCGUCUACAAUACAAGUACGACGAGCUGGGCAUCGUUCGCGGGCAAGGCCCAAAUAACUCAGGAUCGCGACGCCGUGAAGAAACACUGGACAUCGACUGUUGCAGCUUAUUUUGGAGACCUCAAGGAUGGUAUUCACAAGGGUGAUGAGAACGACCCUCGAGUUUCUAUAAUUAAGGUCACACCCGAAGAGAUCAGAUACUUCCUGGCCACGAAGGGUGCUAUUGGUCGGAAUGUUGGGGCAAUGGUCGGUGCUGUAACAGGUCAUGUUUCAGUUCCCGGUGAAUUGAGGACCAUCAGCAAGAACGAGAUCCAACUUGCCGAAGGUUUACACACCAAGUAG